AUGUCUUUGUUGCGCGCUUCACAGCGGAUCACGGUCUCGACUGCACGCAAUGCACAGCGAGCGCGAGGGUUGGCGACUCCAGCAGCUGGUGGUGUACCCUUGGCAUCGCGACACCCAUCUCGACGUCCUCCUUACGAGCGACUGCUUGAACAGCUCAAAGUGGUGCGCGAGACCAUCGACAGGCCCUUGACACUAGCAGAAAAGAUCCUCUACUCUCACCUCAUCGAUCCUAGGCAGACACUCUCUGGCGCAGGCAAAGAUCCAAACAAUGUCAGAGCUAAACGAUACUUGCCCUUGCAAGUGGACAGACUGGCCAUGCAAGAUGCUUCAGCGCAAAUGGCCCUGUUACAGUUCAUGACUUGCGGCCUACCUCAAGCAGCAGUCCCUGCAUCGGUCCAUUGCGAUCACCUGAUCCAAGCGUUCGAAGGUGCAGAGGCCGACUUGAAGAGGUCCAUCGCUUCCAAUUCGGAAGUGUUCGCCUUUUUGGAAUCCGCCUGCAAAAAGUAUGGCAUUGAAUUUUGGGGACCUGGAAGCGGCAUCAUCCAUCAGAUUGUGCUGGAGAAUUAUGCAGCGCCAGGCUUGCUCAUGCUUGGUACCGACUCGCAUACACCCAAUGCCAGCGGCCUGGGGUGCCUCGCCAUAGGAGUUGGAGGCGCAGACGCAGUGGACGCAUUGACAGCCACGCCGUGGGAGCUGCAAGCGCCAAAAGUCCUCAACAUCAAUCUCACUGGUACCCUGUCUCCAUGGUGCACUCCAAAGGACAUCAUCUUGCACGUAGUAGGCGCUCUGACCGUCCGAGGGGGCACAGGUAACAUCUUGGAGUACACCGGCCCUGGCUUGUCCACGCUUCCCGCUACUGGAUUGGCCACAAUGGCCAACAUGGGAGCCGAAAUGGGCGCUACUACAUCUGCAUUUGCGUACACCGAACCGAUGGGCGCUUAUCUCGCAGCGACAGGGCGAGGUCACAUUGCCAAGGAUGCGCAGGGCGCUCAGUCCCUGUUGCAGCCUGACGCGGACGCAGAAUACGACUCGAGGCUGGAAGUCGACCUGGAUAAUCUGGAACCCACUAUCAAUGGUCCUUUUACACCUGACCUGGCCACACCCCUGUCCACGUUUGUCGCUCGCGCCAAGGCGGGCGAUUACGUAAAGGACGCAAAGUUGAGCGCUGCGCUCAUCGGAAGCUGCACCAAUUCGAGCUAUGCGGACAUGGCCAGGUGCGCUAGUCUUGCUCGCCAGGCUACCGGGCGAGGAAUGAAGGUGGCGACCAGCUUUGAUGUGACGCCGGGAAGCGAACAGGUCAGAGCGACGGUCGAGCGCGAUGGCAUCCAGGAGGAUCUUGCAAAAGCUGGCGCACGGGUGCUAGCCAAUGCUUGCGGUCCUUGCAUCGGACAAUGGGACCGCAGGGAGCUAAAAGGCGAGGAGAAUGGUGAGUUCAUAGCCGCAGACCAUGCAGCGCACUCUGUUGCGCCCGGCAGUAGUGCUGACAAGUCAAGUAUGACGCUCUGCAGUGAUUUUGACGUCCUUUAACCGCAAUUUCCGUGGAAGGAAUGACGGCAACGCCAAGACACAGAACAUGCUCGCUUCGCCCGAGAUCGUCACCGCAAUGGCUUUUGCCGGGAGACUCGACUUCAAUCCCAUCACCGACACGCUCAAAGCUCCAGAUGGGUCUGAUUUCCGCUUCGAGCCGCCUAGCGGCGAGGAGCUGCCUUCUCGCGGCUUCACGCCAGGCGACGAGAGCUACUUGCCACGUCCCUGCCCCGAGCCCGUCGCAUCUACACCGAUUGCCAUCUCGCCCACCUCGUCUCGGCUUGAGCCGCUCGAAGCUUUCGAUACCCCCUUCAAGAGUGGUAACUACGAGCUGUCAGACAUGAAGUGUCUGCUACGAAUCAGGGGCAAGUGCACCACGGAUCACAUUUCCGCAGCUGGGCCGUGGCUCAAGUACAAGGUAAGUCCACGUGCCGAGCAGACACGCACAUUGCCCGACCCUGCUGAGUCAUUUGCGCACCUCCACACAGGGCCACCUCAGCAACCUGGCGGAAAACACCCUGAUCGGUGCCAUGAAUGACCAAGAUGGACAGGUGAACUCUGCGCACGACCUCGAGGGCGGCGUAAGGGAUACAAUUCCUUCCAUCGCGAAGCGCCACAAGGCUCGCAGCCAGCCAUGGAUGCUUGUAGCUGACCACAACUAUGGCGAAGGGUCGGCAAGAGAGCAUGCUGCGCUCCAGCCGCGCUUCUUUGGCUGUCAGCUCAUCCUCGCCAGGUCGAUUGCUCGAAUUGCAGAGACGAACUUACGGAAGCAGGGAGUGCUGACGCUGCUCUUCGCCGACGAAAAUGACUACUCGAAAAUCGACGCAGGAGAUGCCGUUCAGACCGUCAACCUAGCAGAUCUGCUCAAGCCUGAUGGCGACUUGGAGACGCAAGUUCGCGUCCGCGUGACCAAACCCGAUGGCAAGACGUUCGAAAUUGCUACCAAGCAUUCCCUGUCGCCUGCACAUCUAGCAUGGAUCCGAGCAGGUUCUGCACUCAACUUGAUUCGUGAACAAGCGACGUUGGCGGCCUCUCAUAGCUCUGCAUCUUUCUCUGCUACCGGCAGUGCGCCUACGCCAACUCCUUCAUCGCCUGCUGGAGGCGCACGUGUAAGGAGCAUGAGCACCUUUGCUCUUCAAAAGAGAGGUUACGCUACGGCGCCGAAGAGCUCUGGCGGAACGUACGGACGCCCUUCCAACGACGGUCCGGUGGACAGCAACACGGACUCGAUGCGACGAAUGAUCUUUCCCGAUGGUGCGCCGGCUGCCGGAUCAGCUCAAGCAGCUCUGCAUGCGGCCCUACCUUACCCUGUCGAGGUGCACGACACUAUCAUGAGGGCCUGGAACUUGCAUCGCAGGGAGCAAAGGGAAGCUCAAAGGAAAGACUUGAAUGUCAAGAGGAGCAGGAUGGAAGAAGCUUGCGCUGCGCUCAAGAAGCAAUCUCCCAAAUUGUUCGCCCAGGCCGCUUAUCGCGUAGCUCCAAACAAGAGGCAUCCGGACGAACAGGCGAGAUUGGUCAAGCUAGGUUUGGCAGGUGGAGAGGGCCGAAAGAGCGAAGAGGGAGAGACGAUAUUGGUGGGAGCUGAAGCCAGACGAAAAGCUAGAACGCUAGCUAGUCAGAGGUUGCACGGCCUGUUCCCGAGGGAGAUGAGAGCGCCCACAGAUACCCCUUCUAGGAAUGGCUGGCCGGCUUACCAAGCUCCUGAUGAGUCUUGA